CGUUCUACGCCGCUGCUGCGCUGUCGAGAGCUGCAACGCUGCUGGUCGGGAGCAGAAAAAAACAUGUUCCGUUCGUCUAGGAUUAGGCAUAUUAUACCCGUGGUUAUUGACAACAAUUGACAUGUGGAUACUAUUGACACGAUAAUAACAUCAUCGUUGACAACCUGCUUAAACAUGUACCACUCAGACCACAGAGUGAAUGUCCCUGACCUCUCCUUCAGCAUUCCAGGCCCUGGAACUUUGGGUUUAGCAUCUAACCACUGAACCAACUCCCUGUCCGAUACCCCUCCACAUAUCAUAUACCCCCUACCCCAGCACCCACACAGCCUUUCCCCCUGCCCCCUGUCUGAAUCCCUAUACCCAGGUACACCCAGGGACCAUGGACAACCCCCCCAAGCUGUCUGGCGAGACCCUGAUCGUUCACCACAUCCCCCUGGUACACUGUCAGGUGACUGGUGGGCGGCAGGGCUGUGGUGGAGGAGGGGGUUCCCUGAAGAGAUCAAACCCUUUCAGCUACCCAGAAACCCUGGGCUUGAGCCGCACCACCUCCCUUCCUGAGCAGGAUGUACUCCAGAGGGAAGCUCUGGUGUACAGCAGCCUCAUCCAGACCUCCACAGGAGGAGGAGGAGAGGGAGAGGGAGGAGGAGGAGGAGGAGGGAGAGGAGGCAGCACGGGGAGCGAUGAUUCGUCGGUGACAUCCAGUAACUGCGAGGACCAGGUGAUGGUGAUGGUGGCCCACACUAUGCCCAGGGUGAAGCCAAGAGAACAGGUCAACAACCCACUCCGGCUCCGUCACAACCCUUUUCUGCUCAACACGGAGGAGGAUGAUGAUGAUGAGGAGGAGGAAGAGGAGGAAGAUGAUGGUGAUAACCUGAACGGUUACUUGGAAGACUCCUCCUUUCAUCUCCAUGGCGAUACAAACUCCGCCCUGGACGAGGAGGGAGACGGGAUUGCACCCUUUCACCUCCACGACCUGCGGUCCACCACACACAAGCCCUUCCUGUUGCACAGCACCCUGGGUAAGCACUCUUGGGGCUGCUCAGGGAGGCUGGACUCCCUUAGGGGCGUGUCCUCUGAUCUCUCCACCCACCUGGAGGGCCUGGACCUGCUGGGAUUGGACAGUCCACGUCGCCACGGCAGCAGUGGCUCCACCCUCUCCAUGGACUGCGGAGAGCAGGAGUGGGGUGAGGAUGAGGAGGAGGAAGAGGAUCACCCAAUGAGGGGUGGGGGACGGGGCAAUAGCCAAGCUGACUCCUCCUCUGGCUCUGGCGCCGCCCACCAGCGCUGCUCCUGCUGCGGCCUCUCCCAGACGUAUCUUGAACAUUUCCCUGAACCGUUUUCAGAGUCGUCGGAACGCCAGCUGGGCUACGCCAGCGACUCUUCCUGUAACAGCUCAGAUGGCGUCCUGGUUAACUUCAGCGCCAUCUAUAAUAACAUGAACAACAGCAUCCCGGCAACCUCUACCAAGCCGCCACCUCUGGCCACCACGACCACCAACCUCAACAGCUCCACCGACCAAUCUUGCACUUCCUCUGUCUGCAUCUGCUCAGUGCUGGAUGAGGAGGCAGGGAGUCGAAGAGGCUCCGGAGGUGGGGGGGCUUUCUACCUAGACCUCCACACCUCCCCCACCGAACCCCCCCACCUCCACUCUCAACAACCCCCCUGCCCCUCCAGCAACACCCUGCCGUUACUCAUCGAACCCCACUCUCACCCUCACCCCACCACCUCCUCCUGCACCUGUUCAGCUGAACACCAGGGGGCUCUAGACCUGGACUCCAACUGUAACUCCUAUCACCCCCCCCACUCCGACUCAGGAAGUGACCUCAUGUCCUGUCUGCGGAGCCAGGCGCGUCUGGUGGUAACCACCCAGAACUACUAUAAGCUGGUGACCUGUGACCUUUCUUCUCCGUCGCCCCCGAGCCCUGCGGGAAGCUCCGCAUCGGUUGCCAGCUGCUCUGACGAGCACAGCAAGGAUAGCCCUGCCCCUGACACGCCCACCACCACCCAGCCAACCGAAUAUUACCUGUUCAGGCGGCCACCGGGAGGAGAGGAGGAGGAGGAGGAAGAGGAGGAGGGAGGAGAGUCAUCACAGCGUGAUGAAGAUGAGGAAGAAAAUGAUGAAGACGAGCAGGACGGGAAGGAGAGGAAGAAGCAGCAGCAGCAAAUGGGUGGAGCCUGUUCAGACCCAAUCAUUGAGGGCCAGGUGUACGUCAACAUCUCCCCUCCUGUGGUUGGCCGAGGACCCAUCGGAGGAGGGCCCAGCCGCCCCCGUUCCCGUAGCUACGACCGGAACCUGGACAUAUCCCCGCCCCCUCGGCUCGGCUCAUUGGAGCGCAUGCUGAGCUGCCCUGUCCGUCUCAGUGAGGGCACCGCCCCCCUGGGCCCGUCCCCUCUGCCGCGGGUCACUUCCUUUGCAGAGAUUGCCAAGAGAAAGAGGAAAAAUGGAGGAAGCACUGGCUCUCCUUCUCUCAGGAUGGGGGGAUGUUCAGAUCCCUUCUCCUCCACCCAUUCGGCCCACUCCCACUCCUCGGCCGACUUCUCCCCCAUCCUGGAGGGCCUGGGUCAGGGCCCGAGCCACAGUUUCCCCUUCCAGCGCUGCUACAGCCAGGGCAGUGUGGACCGCCACUCACCUGGUGGUGGCGUCAGAGAGACACGCUCCAAGGCCGAAGGUGGUCUCUCCAGCUCUUCAUCCAGCUCAGCAGUGGUGCGUUACACUAAAGACCAGCGUCCCACCACCCUCCCCAUUCAACCCUUCACCUUCCACCACCAGUUCUCCAAGCCGCCCCAGCCCCUGCUUCCCUUGCUGACAGGCUACGUCUCUGGGAUGCAGGCCCGGGGUGGAGGGCCUUCUGGAGGUCCGGAGGGGGGUGAAGGCGCCAACGACCCAGGGGAAGACUCGAUGCGUUGGUGCCAGGGUAGUGGUGGUGAUGGGAUGGUGUCAGCAGUGGCUAGCCUCGGUCCUGGCUCGGUCCGGCCCUCGCCACUGGGUAGCUAUUCCCCGGUCCGCCUCCAGGGAUUGACAUCCAGCUCAGGGACCUGUUCUACCUGUACCCCCAGCCCCCAGCCAACCCGUAGCCUCUCCUGCCCCCUCUCCACCGGGCUCCUGCCCCUUCACCAUACCCCUUCACCAGCGGCAGCUGUCCCUCUGCCACCCACACCUCCGCCCCCAACAUUGGGGGUGAAGCGGGGUGCGGUGCCCCCCAUGUUGCCUCCUGUGCAGGGCCAGGUGCAGGGUCACCACCACCACCGUGGGACCCUGCCCACUUUACCGGCCGUUCCCCAGGACAGUGAGACUUCGCUGGGAUACGAGGAGACGACAUUAGACUCCCAGGAGGGGAGCAGAGGACCAGGGCCUAGGACACAACAUGCUUCCUCUGCCUUCUCCCAUGUACACUCACCCUAUCUCUCUCUCUCUCUCAAUUUCAACGCUCCUCUUCCUCUGCCUUCUCCCAUGUACACUUCAUCUACCUCUCACUUCUCGUUUAAUCUUGCUUUCCCCAAUCCUCCACAUGAAAACCUACCUUCCUCUCUCAUCUCCCUCUUUCUACCAUUACCUCUAUAUUUUCUCCUUCUCUUAUCCCACCCAACUCUCUUCUCGUCUCUCCGUGCAUCCCUCCAAACCCCUCGUAUUUUUUCUCCGUGUCCUCCAUCCCCGUAUCCCCUCCUCCAUCCAUCCUCCCUUACAGGGCACCACCUCUCUCCACAGACUCUGAAAUGGAGGGAGUAUCGUCGAAAGAACCCAUUAGGGGUGGAGAGGUGUUCCUUGGGGGGCUCUGCAGGGUCAGGCGAUCCGCCUCUAUCAGGCAGUCUGGACGGGAACGGUCGUAGGGGCGGGGCCGUUGGUCAGCGAAUCACACGACGGAACGUGUUCGACUUCCCUCCGGCCUCUAGUGGUCACACCUCCCUGGGACGACUCAAUGGCCAGUCUGUGAAGCAGCUGCAGCAGUACUACAGUGACUUCCUGCCAGACUACUUUUCCCUGACCGAGCGUCCUCCAGAAGAGUUCUGUCUCUCUCCGGAUGCCUCCUCUUCCUCGUCAUCCUCCUCUUCCUCACAGUCCCACAUCGCUGUGGACCUGCAGCAGAAGAGAGGUUUAGUCAAAGCCAUUAAUACAGCAGUAGAUUUAAUCGUAGCUCAUUUUGGCACCAGUCGGGACCCUGAUGUUAAGGCGAAGCUGGGUAACAGUUGGGUGAGUCCCAACGUGGGUCACCUGAUCCUGAAGUACCUGUGUCCAGCUCUAAGGGAGGUGCUGGGGGAUGGGCUGAAGGCCUACGUCCUGGACCUGAUCAUAGGACAAAGACGCAACCAGCCCUGGAGCCUGGUAGAGGCCUCCACACAACUAGGACCAUCCACCCGUGUUCUCCACAGCCUGUUCUCCAAAGUGUCCCAGUACUCAGAGUUCACCAGCCACAGUAUGAGACUCAACGCAUUCAUCUUCGGACUGCUCAACUUGCGAUCUUUGGAGUUUUGGUUCAAUCACCUCUACACUCAUGAAGACAUCGUAGCGACCCACUACCACCCAUGGGGUUUCCUGCCGUUAUCCCAGAGGCCCUGCCAGCCUCUAUUCGAGGAGUUCCUUCUCCUCCUGCAGCCUCUAUCCCUGUUGCCCUUUGACCUUGACCUGCUCUUUGAGCCCCGAUUGGUCCAGAAGGGCCAGGAACACCGUAGACGCAAGGAGCAGCUCUGCUCCGCCUCCACCGGUGAGGACCUGGACCAAUCAGCACGCUCCACCUUCCAGCUCAUGAGGGGGUGGAGCACAGAGUCACGGAGGGCGGAGUCUAUGAGAGAUAAAAGGGAAGGGAGUGGGGCGGGGAAGAGAGAGAGGCUGGGUCUGAGACGAGAGGGAACAUGGCCUAGGAUAGAAGGGGUUGGAGAGAGAGGAAGUAGAGAGUUGAUGAUGCAGAGGACAGGGUCUAGGAGAGAAGGGGCGGGGAUGGAUUGUUCAGGAGCAGGACUUUUAGAAGCACAGCCAAUGACGACGGAAGUAGGGACAGGGUUUGCCAAUCUGUGGAGGGAGAGUGGGAGGGGGAGGGGCAUAGAAAGUGAGGGAGGGAAGGAGGAGAGGAGGAAGGAGAGAGAGAGGGAUUGGGCGGAGGAGGGUCAUCAGCGUCAGGAGCGUGAUCGCCAGGCGUGCUGGUGGUACCAGCUCAUGCAGAGUUCCCAGGUCUACAUCGACCAAUCAGCUCAGGGGGGCUCAAAGUUUGUCAAGACUGAGAAGAGGAAGAAGUCUGCGGAGAGGCGGAGCCAGCUCCCGCCCCCCAGGGAGGGCGUGGUGGAAGGGGCGGAGUCUAGCCAGGAUGAGGAGGGUCUCAGAGAGAGAGGGAGAAGCAGGAAGAGCAGCUCCAGCUCCAGUGGUGAGUGGACGGGGUCCAGGGGAAGAGGGAGACUCUCCUGGAUGGGGAGUCCCCCAGAGUCGCUGCUCACCCAGGACAAGGAGAACGAGACGGAACUGGGGGCCCCAGUGACAGGAGCACCAGAGGCCUCAGUGGCCCAGCCAGCGGCCCAAGCUGAGUUUCCCUCCCAGGGCCAGGGCAUGCGUUGGGGUAGGCUGUUUGGGUCCAGCAUAGGAGGUGGUGGCACCCCCUCCAGGCCAGAGCAGAGAUCAGCCAAAAGUCAGAGCAGGCUGCCGUCCGGCUGGCUGACAGGUCUGGACAUGUCCGUGCUGGACCUUGUAGCUCAGACGGUGGGGGUGGGGACAGGUAAGAGGGUGGAGCCUUCAGCUCCUAUGGCCCCUCCCACUCUGAACCAACCCUCUCCACCUCUUCAGACAGCACAGGAGAGCCACACCAAACAACCCUGUGAAGUACGAGCCCUGUGCCACCACAUAGCCACGGAGCCUAACCAGCUGAGUUUCCAGAAAGGGGACGUACUGAGGGUCUUGAGCCGAGCCGACUCCGACUGGCUCCUCUGCUCCCUGGGGGCCCAGCGGGGCCUGGUGCCUUUCAUCUAUGUUACCCUGAGGGGCAUGGAGGACAGCCAGGUGCCCCAAUGGCCUCAGGGACCACACUGACCUGACAGACUCAACUAGGGUUCCAAAAUUCUGUUUUUUCAGAAAUCACUGUUGGGAGAUUCCUGGAAUCAAGAGGUAAUAAGGAGGAAAUCUGUGAUUCCUCCAACCGGGAUUUCUGGUAAACCUAGGGAUUUUGGGAAAGUUAGUCUGAACCGAGGGGCCACCGAUUUUGCACCCCUAGCCCGAACCGAGGGGCCACAUUAAGGAAGGGAGAGUGGGGAAAGGACUCAGAGGACCAAAUAUGGACACACAGUAUAUAUUCACUGGGUGGAUACAAGACGAUGGAUACUCAUGGAGGAUGCUGAUAUGACUGAUAUGACUGGUUUAAAGUGUAAUUAUUGUACUGUGGGAUGAAACACAGACAGAUACACACACACAAACACACAGAUGUAAACAUGCAUGUAUGUACAUAUACAUAUACAUAUACACACAGGCGCGAACAAACAGACUUGCAUCUACGCAUGCAUCUACACUAAACUCAUGCAUGCAUACAUUCAGACUAUACUCACACACACACACACACACAUGCACGCACACACACACACACACACACAUACCAAAACAAACCAAAACAAACUGUAUGGGAAUACCAAACAGAGACACAUGGCUAGCUACAGAGACUGCCUCAGCUCAGCCAAUAUAUAUAUCACACCUAGCUGUGCUUUACUUUACCAUGCCCCAGAAAUAUACUCUAUCAAUCACCUAGCUGUGCCACACUUUGAAUGCAGAUGCUAAUGCUAAAUGCUAGUGUAAAUGCUAGUGCUAAUCCUUGUCCUAGUGCUAAAUACAAGUACUAGUGCUAAAGCUAGAGCUAAUGCUAGUGCUAAUGCUAAUAGAAAACUUCAGGAGACUGGUUAAAGUACUUGUCAUUAAAUGUAUCCACACUGACAUCAUGCUACUUGAUUUACUUAAUUAGCCCAGAGUACCCCUGCUUUGUAGUAGGAUGCUAGUAUGAAAAGUAGUGUUGUUACAAAACAGAAAAGAGAAAAAAAAGACAACAUUGUUUGCGUGAUCUAUCUCUGGGUGUGUCUUCUGACAGCUGUCGUCGUUUCUCUGUGUGGGCUAAAUACAAAUGGACAGACAGAUAAACCGGUUUGAACUGGCUUCAUUAAUUCCUCGUCAUCUGCAAAUUCCUGAUACUCAUCAUCUUGGUAACACAAUGAUUUUGGAUGGACUUAUAAAUCUGACUGAUUGGACAAAGCCAACAACAUCCUCUGGUUCCUCCCUUCACUUCCUGUUUGUUUUGGUGGAUGGGAUGAACUGACCUAUCACUGCAGGUGUUGGGAAGGAAAAGGGUGGAGCCGGGUCUAGUGCAUGUAACCUAGCAACAAACUGACAAUGUUUUUGUGUCUUUUCAACUCUUCUUCACCUCUGUUAGAACCCCAAAACCCUAGCUCCUCCCACCUGCUCCACCCCUCUCUCCUUUAUCCAAUAAAACUGCACAGCUUUCAGGAGGAUACUGUACCUCUGGUACAGAGAAAAUGAAGAUGUUCAAGAGGCUAUGAUAAGCUAUGAGCUGUAUGUGUCUACAUAUAUAUCCAGACUGUAAAUGUAUAUAUGACUUACUUAUUUAUUGAUUAACGACUAAUGACGAUAUCAUUUAUUAUCGUUGAGGAAAACCGUGUAGUAGAGGUGGAUAAAGAAGGAAGGAUGUCGAAUGAAAGCAACACAUGGCUUUGGAGGUCUGUUCAGGUGCUUUGGUGAAUUUUCUGAACGUGUUGGGGAGAAGGCUGUACAAACCAAUGGAGAGCCAGCUCCACCCCAACCUCCCUAUUCUAAAACGCUCUAGAAGUGGGCUUUUCUAAAAAUAUAAUAGAAGUACACUGAAUGUUUUCAUUUCAAGCAAAAAAAAUAUAUACUUCAAAUGAUUCUGAUUGGUUGUAUGUAAUUGAGAAAGAGAGUAUUGUUUAUUGCGUAUGCCGUAAAGUGCUUGAGAAAGAACCACGGGAGAGCUGAUAUGCUGGACGUAUUUAGCCAUGACCAUGCCUAUGGUCCCUACAUGAUGUUUUAUAUACGCGACGGUGCGUCCAACCAGCCACUUUCCCUGGGUUUCAGUCCUGAGAACUCUCAGGUUAUCUGGUGGGAAAUAUUUUUGAGGAUAGGAGGCAUUUUAGAAGAAACCCCAAUGCAUUUAGUGGAUUCAGAUGUUUCAAAUGUUGCCUUAGGUUCAGAUUGAGCUGUACUGGUAAACUAGGUUCAGAUUGAGCUGUACUGGUAAACUAGGUUCAGAUUUAGCUGUACAGGUAAACUAGGGUCAGAUUUAGCUGUACAGGUAAACUAGGUUCAGAUUUAGCUGUACAGGUAAACUAGGUUCAGAUUUAGCUGUACAGGUAAACUAGGUUCAGAUUGAGCUGUACUGGUAAACUAGGUUCAGAUUUAGCUGUACAGGUAAACUAGGUUCAGAUUGAGCUGUACUGGUAAACUAGGUUCAGAUUGAGCUGUACUGGUAAACUAGGUUCAGAUUUAGCUGUACAGGUAAACUAGGGUCAGAUUUAGCUGUACAGGUAAACUAGGUUCAGAUUUAGCUGUACAGGUAAACUAGGUUCAGAUUUAGCUGUACAGGUAAACUAGGUUCAGAUUGAGCUGUACUGGUAAACUAGGUUCAGAUUUAGCUGUACUGGUAAACUAGGUCAGAUUGAGCUGUACAGGUAAACUAGGUUCAGAUUUAGCUGUACUGGUAAACUAGGUUCAGAUUGAGCUGUACAGGUAAACUAGGUUCAGAUUUAGCUGUACAGGUAAACUAGGUUCAGAUUGAGCUGUACAGGUAAACUAGGUUCAGAUUGAGCUGUACAGGUAAACUAGGUUCAGAUUGAGCUGUACAGGUAAACUAGGUUCAGAUUUAGCUGUACUGGUAAACUAGGUUCAGAUUGAGCUGUACUGGUAAACUAGGUUCAGAUUGAGCUGUACAGGUAAACUAGGUUCAGAUUGAGCUGUACAGGAAAACUAGGGUCAGAUUGAGCUGUACAGGUAAACUAGGUUCAGAUUUAGCUGUACAGGUAAACUAGGUUCAGAUUGAGCUGUACUGGUAAACUAGGUUCAGAUUUAGCUGUACUGGUAAACUAGGUUCAGAUUGAGCUGUACUGGUAAACUAGGUUCAGAUUUAGCUGUACAUCUAAACUAGGUUCAGAUUUAGCUGUACAGGUAAACUAGGUUCAGAUUGAGCUGUACUGGUAAACUAGGUUCAGAUUUAGCUGUACAUCUAAACUAGGUUCAGAUUUAGCUGUACAGGAAAACUAGGUUCAGAUUGAGCUGUACAGGUAAACUCGGUUCAGAUUUAGCUGUACAGGUAAACUAGGUUCAGAUUUAGCUGUACAGGUAAACUAGGUUCAGUUUUAGCUGUACAGGUAAACUCGGUUCAGAUUUAGCUGUACAGGAAAACUAGGUUCAGAUUUAGCUGUACAGGUAAACUAGGUUCAGAUUUAGCUGUACAGGUAAACUAGGUUCAGAUUUAGCUGUACAGGUAAACUAGGUUCAGAUUUAGCUGUACAGGUAAACUAGGUUCAGAUUUAGCUGUACAGGUAAACUAGGUUCAGAUUGAGCUGUACAGGUAAACUCGGUUCAGAUUGAGCUGUACAGGUAAACUAGAGCUGGUAAAAAAGGAUUAAACCCUAAUAUGAUGUUAAAACAUUGUGGUUUAAGCCCUAGAUUAGGGUUUGUAGAGCCUAAAUAAUUCACAAUGAAAUUAUGUAAAGUAACAUAAAAAAUGAUAGGUUAGAAAAACAUAAUAUUGCCAGGACGAAUCCAUGAGGACAAGAGUUAGGUUCAAUCAGGUAAGAGUUAACCUAGCUUGUAGAUAAAGGUGUAUUAUUACUCUUAAAAAUGUAUUUGUAAAAAUGUAUUUUGUUCUUUUAUUUUGUUGUACAGUUAUAUUUUUUAAAUAUUUUUUUUCUUAUUUUUAUUUUAUUUUACAUAAAUGAUUUAAAUAUUUUGUUAUCUCUAAAUUAAAUAUAAUUUAAAAUCUUCAAUAAUUAAUUUUGAAAGAUAGGGGUUGAAAUAUGGAUGUUAAACAGCUGUACUUUAAGACAUUAUUGCGUUAAUAACAACCAUUUUCAAAUGUGAGUUAGUAUCAUGUUAUGGGCAAAGGACAUAACAUAUCAUAUUAUGUUAAAUGCCAGUUAUGGGGAUAAAUACCUGCCCAAAUUAUUAUGAAUAUAACCAUAUAUUUGUUCUUGUGUUUUGGCACAUAUCUAUCUUCAUAACUUGAGGAAAGAUGUCAGUUGUGCAGAAAAUUUGCAGGAAAUGUGCAGGAAAUGCAGGAUAUGCAGAUGAGGAUGAGGGUUUUGUUAGUCUUCCAGGUACAGUUUGCUCUUCAUUGACAUCCUCCUGCAGGGUCAUACUACGGGACAGACAGUAUUGUACUGUAGUAGAGGUCUUAGUGAUGGAUAGAGCAGGGGGAGAGAGAGAGAGAGAAAAGAUACAGAGACAUUUGUAAAACGGUGCAGAUGGAUUUUCCCCCUCCUUCAUAAUUAGAAGUGUUUCAUUUAUUGUUAUAUAAUUUAAUCUUUAUAAUAGCUAGCGACCUCCUGUGGCCAAAAUACGGUACUGGUUCUGGUCUUGCCUCUCUACUUGGGAGUGAUAGGCAGAAUUAGAAAGAAGCUAAUGUAUUCUCUCUCUUCCUCGUCUCUCCUGUUCCUCUCGUCCAUGUUCCGAUAGAAGUAAACUGUUCCUCAUUCUGUAUUCCGUAUCACCGUGGCACCACUACUGUUCUCCGUGCCCAUAUGACGUGUGUAACACGUCCGUGUCCAUGCUAUAUCAACGUGCUCUGGAUGUUAAUAACAAAGUGCUCAUGUGAUCAUA